AUGGAAGAAGCUGAUAUUCUAAGUGACCGCAUAGGAAUCAUGGUAAAGGGAAAGCUUCGAUGCAUUGGCACCUCAAUUAGAUUGAAGUCGCGCUUUGGCACUGGUUUUAUUACAAAUAUUAGUUUCUAUGGAAACAAUAAUGAAAAUAGUCCUGUAAAUGGUGAUGCAGUAUCAACAAGAAGACAUCAUGAGGCUGUGAAGCAAUUCUUCAAGAAUCGUUUAGAUGUAGUGCCAAAAGAGGAGAACAACAACUUUCUAACUUAUGUGAUUCCUCAUGAAAGAGAGACACUCCUGACAACCUUUAUUGAUUUUUUCUAG